AGGAUACUGAGUGAGAAGUGGAUGGGUGGUGGUACUGGUCUGGUACUGGUCCAUACUGGUGAGCUGCUGGAUAGCCUUUAGGGGAGACGUUAUCGUUUCGGCUGGAGGACAUCCCUUCAAGUGCCAAUCCUGUGCUCGGGUUGCAUCAGCUGCUGCACAUUGUAAGAGGUAAAGAGGUCGAUCUCCGCGCGCCAACAUGAAGUUUGCCAGGUUCCUGCUGAAAAAUGCCGCCCUCGCCAAUGCCCCCAAACAGAUUGAGAGGUUCAGCCGCUACUCGCCCUCGCCUCUGUCCAUGAAGCAGUUCCUCGACUUUGGGUCGGCCAAUGGCUGUGAGAAGACGUCUUUUGUCUUCCUGCGUCAGGAGCUUCCCGUCAGGCUGGCCAAUAUCAUGAGGGAGAUCUACAUCCUUCCGGAUCCAUUAUUGGGAACUCCGUCUGUACAACUCGUCCAGAGCUGGUAUAUUCAGAGUUUGAUGGAGCUGAUAGAGUUUGUGGAGAAGAAUCCAGAAGACCAGCGGGUGUUGUCAGAUUUUACAGAGACCCUGGUGCACAUCCGGAAUCGCCACAACAAUGUCGUUCCUACCAUGGCCCAGGGGGUGAUAGAGUACAAGGAAGCCUUCGGUGUGGACCCCGUGACCAAUCAGAACGUCCAGUACUUCUUGGACCGGUUCUACAUGAGCCGCAUUUCCAUCAGGAUGCUGAUCAACCAGCACACCCUUCUGUUUGACGGCGGCACGAACCCCGCACAUCCCAAACACAUUGGAAGCAUCGACCCAAACUGUGACGUCGUGGAAGUUGUGCACGAUGCCUUUGAGAAUGCCAAAAUGCUGUGCGACCAGUAUUAUUUAUCUUCUCCUGAUCUUGUGAUCAAACAGACUAAUGGUAAAACUGCUGGGCAGCCGAUAAAUAUCGUCUACGUCCCUUCCCAUCUCUAUCACAUGCUGUUUGAGCUUUUUAAGAACGCCAUGCGGGCCACCGUGGAGAGCCACGAGACCAAUCCCUCCCUGCCCCCCGUGAAAGUGAAUGUCGUCCUGGGGAAGGAGGACCUCACCAUUAAGAUAUCUGAUAAUGGAGGAGGGGUCCCUUUAAGAAAAAUAGAGCGUCUCUUCAGUUACAUGUAUUCCACAGCUCCCAUGCCCAUGAUGGACAACUCACGCAACGCACCGCUGGCCGGUUUUGGGUAUGGUUUGCCAAUCUCUCGCCUUUACGCCAAGUACUUUCAAGGGGAUCUAAUGCUGCAUUCUAUGGAAGGUUUUGGGACCGACGCCGUCAUUUACCUGAAGGCGCUAUCCACAGAAUCCAUAGAGAGACUACCAGUCUUCAACAAGUCUGCGUGGAAGCAUUAUAAGUUGUGCACAGAGGCCGAUGAUUGGUGUAUUCCCAGCAGUGAACCAAAGAACCUCGCAAGGUAGAUGAUUCCUGAAGCUGAGGACGUAGGAAUAAAGGGAUCAAGCACUUAAUUGCACAGUUAUAACGCCCGGAGCAGGGAGCAGAAUUGUACUGUACUGUGCUGGAGCUGGCCGCGGAUGCAACAAGGAGAGCCAGUCACCGAUCCAAUCUCUGUAGCGAGUAGUUCUAUAUCUCACCAAUCUUCCAAUAUUCCCAUUUCUGGUGCCUCACUGUCAAAAUCCAAAAAUCACCACGUGUCAAUAACCAUUCAUGAUCUAGGCGGAUGAAGCAAAGAAAACCUUCAACGUCUAGUAAAGCAAAGAUCUCGCCAGAAUCCAUUUGGAUCUGCAAAGAAGACUUUUAGCCGUAUGGUCCCUAUGGAAUAUCCCAUCCAUAGAGUAACCUGUGUGGCACAUCGCCCCUCCUCCACGACCACAACAUUAUUAUUUUUUUCCCCAUACGUUAUAUAUGGUAUUAGGAAGGCAAAUUCCUUUAACCCAUUAUUCUGCUUCUUAUACUGUUCGUUCCAAAGACCUAAGAGGAGGGUUUUCUGUUACUGCCAAAAAAAUUAUAAUGUUCCUGCGAUGCCAUAAUUCUGGUGUCAACGCAUUUUGGUCACCUCACUAGAGGGAUAUCACAACCGAGAAUGUAAAGCUGAAUGUGUGGAGCAAUCGAGCAGGAUCUGUACUAGUAUAAGUAAUAUUUUAAAGUUUUUUUUUUUAUUGAGACCAUAGAGCUGAUGGUCAAAACGCGUGGGAGGGAUCCACGGCUAACUGAGUUUUUGUAUGGUUUCAGUCUGCAUACAGCAUGUACUGAAUGAUACCACUACUCAUGCAAAAAAGAAGUGAAAACGCGUUGGGUUCCAGCAGAAUCUUAUUUCUGUGUCCUUUACGUUAUCUAAAAAGCACAAAAGUUAUGCAUUUUUUUAAUAGUAUUAAUUUGUAUCCUUUCUGCCUCCACAGCCGUGGGAUCCGAUAUAGAUCUAGGUGUGUGUGUGUGUGUGUGUGUGUGUGUGUGUGUGUGUGUGUGUGUGUGUGUGUGUGUGUGUGUGUGUGUGUGUGUGUGUGUGUGUGUGUGUGUGUUUUUUUUUUUUUUUUUUAAAAGAUUCAUUUGAUGGAUAAAAAUCUAGUUUUGAGACAUAACAAAAAGCUAACAAUAAUAUAUAAGCUGGAUAAAUGCAUUUCUAUUCACCUUCUGGGGGGGGGGCCCCCCCCCCCCCCCCCCUUCCCAAUCAUUUUCACGCCUUAGAGGGUUUACUUGGCAGAAUAUAUUGAUCUUGCUCCUCCUCCCUCCAGUCUUUCUUAAGCCUGGUUGCUUAGCAACCAUUCAGCAUUGUAUCUGGGUGACCACUAUUUGAGUCCAGGUAGCUAUGUUACUUGUACAGAAGUAGUCACAGGAAACUAUGUCUGCUAUACAACAGGCUGCCUGUUUUUGGUGCACAGACUCGUUUUAGACUCAUCCCACUCAAACUCCAGAGAGGAAUGCACUGUAGCAAAUGGAGAUGUCCUUUAAAUAUAUGUCUAUUUCCCAUUCAUUUGUGAAUUUUAUUUCAAUUUAAAA